AGUGUUUCGUUUACUGUAAACGAAACACUGGACAUUUUAAAUAAAUUGUUAGAAAUAAAUAAAACGCAUCCUUCUGAAAUGGCAGAGUUGAUUGAGUUAACACAUAUAUGUAUGGAACAAAAUUAUUUUAGAUUUAAUAAUGAUUACUACCAGCAAAAUGAAGGGCUAGCUAUGGGAUCACCUUUGAGUCCCUUAAUGGCUGACAUAUUUAUGGAUGACUUUGAAAAUAAAAAUAUUGUUAAAAAUAAUCACAUUUUAUAUUACUAUCGAUAUGUAGACGAUAUAAUUAUAUGCUGGACUGGAACGGACAGACAAUUGGAUGUCUUUGUAGAUAAAUUAAACAAUUUGCACCCAAAAAUUAAAUUUAAAUUAGAAAUAGAACAGAAUAAUUCUUUAAAUUUCCUUGAUGUAACAAUCACUAGAGUUAAUAAUAGACAUCACUUUGGGAUUUAUCGUAAGCCAACUUAUACAGAUAUAACCAUACCAGCUUCAUCUUGUCAUCCAUGGCAACAUAAAUUAGCAGCUUUCCAUAGUUAUGUUCAUAGACUGAUGUCCAUUCCUCUAACUAGGGAUCAGUAUAACAAGGAAUUAAAUAUAAUAUAUCGCAUGGCCAUUUCGAAUGGAUACAACCCGAAUAUUGUGAAUAGAAUAAUCAAUAAGAAACAAUUGGUGUUGAUUAGAAAAGAACUUUAUGGAAUUCCAUUAGAAAAACCUAAAAAAUUUAAAGCUAGUCUAACAUACUUUGGUCCAGUGUCGGAACGUAUUGCAAAAACACUUAGAAAGCAUGAUAUAAAUGUGGCUUUCAGAACAAAUAACUCUCUUAAAAAUAUUUGCAAUGGUAAAGAUAAACUAGAAAAGCAACAUAAAUCGGGAGUAUAUAAAUUGCAAUGUUCUGAAUGUAAUGCAACAUAUAUUGGUCAAACCGGUCGGAAUUUUGAUACACGUUACAAGGAACACAUAUCCGCUGUUCGAAAUGACCGUCCACAAAGGUCGCACUUUGCAAAGCAUCUCCUAGAUACUGGCCAUAACGCCGCAGGCACGCCGCAAAACGGUGCGGUGCGGUCGCGGCGCGGUGCCGGAGCGGUGUCGCUGCAACGUCCCGCAUACAAAAUUAUCAAUGGUAUGCUACACGAUGCGUUCCGGCUGCCGUGCACACUUUCUACCACAGCGCCGCACACCACGUGUCUACAGCGAUGCGGUCAAACGUCUCAAGCGCGGCGCCGCACCGCACCGUGUAGCUUCACCCUUACGAACAGUUGA